UCUUUGCAAGCAGCCUCACAGUUCUGAUCGUAACGACUUCCAGACUUGAAUAGAUAGGGGGAAAGAAAGGGUUCUGUUUCAGCUGCUGCGAGUAGAAGAAGAGGGAGAAACAAUCUCUCAUUCAUUUAAGCUUGGACUUAAUUGGAAAGGGCAGGUCAUGUACUUCCCAGAUGUAGGUUAGGUGGCAGGCACCACAAGCUGUCAAUGAAAGAUUGUGUAAGGACCAUAAGACUGUAACUGCUGGAGGUUCUCUGGAUAUAACUCUGCGCUCUCUCUCUUUCUCUCAACAAUGGAUAUUGGAAAAACGAGCGUCAGCAUCAAUAAGGCUAUUAAUGCACAGGAAGUCGCAGUGAAGGAAAAACAUGCCAGAACGUGUAUUCUGGGUACGCACCACGAGAAAGGCGCUCACACGUUCUGGUCAGUAGUGAACCGGUUGCCGCUGUCCAGCAAUGCUGUCCUCUGCUGGAAAUUUUGCCAUGUAUUUCACAAACUGCUUCGAGAUGGACAUCCAAGUGUUCUUUUGGACUCGAUGCGAUAUAAGAAUGAGCUGAAUGAUAUGAGCAGAAUGUGGGGUCACUUAAGUGAAGGUUACGGGAGACUGAGCUGUAUCUACCUCAAACUAUUAAUAACAAAGAUGGAAUUCCACAGUAAAAAUCCGAGAUUCCCAGGAAAUCUCCAGAUGACAGACAGGCAACUAGAAGAGACAGGCGAAAAUGAUGUAAAUAACUUUUUUCAGCUGACAGUGGAAAUGUUUGAUUAUCUGGAAUGCGAGCUCAACCUUUUCCAGGCAGUCUUCAGUUCCCUGGACAUGUCAAGAUCGGUCUCUGUGACAGCGGCUGGUCAGUGUCGAUUGGCUCCUCUAAUCCAGGUUAUUCUUGACUCCAGUCAUCUGUAUGACUACACUGUUAAACUCCUUUUCAAGUUACACUCCUGUCUCCCAGCAGAUACUUUACAAGGCCAUAGAGACCGAUUCCACGAACAGUUCAAAAAACUGAAAGAAUUAUUUUAUAGAUCCAGUAACUUACAAUAUUUCAAGCGGCUGAUCCAGAUUCCACAGCUCCCAGAGAAUGCUCCAAACUUUCUGCGAGCGUCAGCACUGUCUGAGCAUGUCAGUCCUGUUGUGGUCAUUCCUGCCGAAUCCACCUCUCCUGACAGUGAGCCCGUUGUGGAAACGGAUGACCUGGUUGAGAUGAACUCAUCAUCCCAGCAGAAUUUAUUUGACAAUAAAUUUGAUGACCUCUUUGGAAGUCCUGGGUCAACUGACCCAUUCAAUUUUAACAACCAGAAUGGAAUGUCUAAGGACGACAGGGAUAAGUUGAUUGAACAACUCUACGGGGAAAUUGCAUCACUGAAGGAAGAAAUGGCGAAUUUUAAAGUUGAGAGCAAACGUCUCAUCUCACAAUUGAAGGGUCGGAUCAGUGAGUUAGAGGCAGACCUGGCUGAACAACAGCACUUGAAGCAACAGGCUCUGGAUGAGAAUGAGUUCUUAAAGGCUGAACUUGAGGAGGUGAAGAAAAGACAAGAUGACACCGAGAAAGCCCAGAAGAACCUCACAGAGAUCGAAAGGAAAGCUCAAGCCAAUGAACAAAGAUACACAAAAUUGAAGGAGAAGUACACUGAGUUGGUUCAGAAUCAUGCGGAUCUGCUGCGGAAGAAUGCAGAUGUAGCAAAGCAAAUGACAUCUUUUCGUCAGACACAAGAGGACAUGGAGCAGGUAAAAAAGGAGCUGGAGGAAACUGUGCAUCAGCUGAAAGAAGAUAUUCAGCAAAAAGCUCAGGAGCAGAGUUGUGUCCUCGAAGCUCUGCAGAAGGAACUGAAAUCCAGAAAUGAGGAGGUAGAGUCUCUCAAAAAUUCACAUGCGGACUCACAACAGGCGAACACAGUCAUGGCAUCAACUAUUGAGUCCCUGACAUCAGAAAAGAAGAUGCUGUGUGAGGCUGUUGAUCAGAAAGAGAGCACAUUAACCGCACUACAAGAUGAGUUACAGCAGCUAAAGGAUGCUUUGUCAGCAGAGAAGGACAAUACCAGCCGAACAGUCGAGGGGCUGCAGAACCAGCUGAAUGAAAAGGAGAACCAUGAGCAAUCUCUGGAGAAGCAACUACUUGAUGAGCAGUUUGCUCUGCUGUGCUGUACUGUGGAGGAGGCCGAGGGAAUUGUACAGGACGCACUCAGCAGGUUGGAUGAUCCCCUUCAUGUUGGCUGCACAAGUUCUGCAGAUUAUCUCAUCACAAGAGGUCAGGCUGCACUGGAUUCCCUGAACAGGCUACAGGAUGGACAUGCCCAGUAUCUGUCUGACAGAUCAGAUGUCAGAAACCUUUUGCAGGCAGUCACCCUUUUUACCCAUUUGAUGGGGGACACCAUUGUCCAGGGUAGUGCUACCUCCCAUAUGGUGCCAAUGGAGCAGGCAGACCGUCUAUUGGAAGCAUGUAAGCAAUGUGGGAGUGAGGUACUUUCCUACUUCUCCAGCUUGAAGGACACUACAACUUUGAGCAGUGCAGAUUGCACAAAAGUGAGAGAAAGUCUGAACCAGAUAAACACAAUAGGAGAGGAGCUGAGGCCUAAAGGAAGAGAUAUCAAGCAAAAAGAGCUGGGUGAUCUGGUUGAAAAGGAGAUGGCUGCCACAUCAGCAGCUGUUGAAGCUGCUACUACUCGGAUUGAGGAAAUGCUGAGCAAGUCAAGAGCAGGAGACACAGGUGUGAAGCUAGAGGUGAAUGAGAGGAUCCUUGAGUCUUGUACUGACUUGAUGCAUGCAGUUAAAAUGUUGGUUCUGACAUCGAAGGAUCUACAGAGAGAUAUAGUGGAGAGUGGAAGGGGGGCAGCAUCUCAAAAAGAGUUCUACGCCAAGAACUCAAGGUGGACUGAAGGCCUCAUUUCUGCAUCAAAGGCUGUAGGUUGGGGAGCCACUGUGUUGGUAGAUGCUGCAGACAUGGUUGUCCAGGGAAAGGGGAAGUUUGAAGAGUUGAUGGUUUGUUCUCAUGAAAUCGCAGCCAGUACCGCACAGCUGGUGGCUGCCUCCAAGGUGAAAGCAGAUAAAGACAAUGCAAACCUUGGAAAACUGCGUCAGGCCUCCAAGGGAGUAAAUGAGGCCACGGCCAGUGUGGUGGCUUCCACAAAGUCAGGAAAAUCCCAGAUUGAGGAAACAGACACAAUGGAUUUCUCUAGCAUGACACUGACACAAAUCAAGCGACAGGAGAUGGACUCACAGGUUCGUGUUUUAGAACUGGAGAGCGAAUUACAGAAAGAGAGGCAGCGUUUGGGAGGACUCCGGAAAAAACAUUAUGAACUGGCCGGAGUUUCUGAAGGCUGGGAUGAAGAUACCAAGUAAGCCCAGAGUGAAAAAGAGGAGCAGAAAUUUCGAGAAUAUCAGCUCAACUGCGAGACUGAACAAUACAGACUUUCUUAAACAAACAAAACCCAGUUGACGCACUCCAGCAUCAAGAGAUCUGUGCAGUUAUCAUGAACUUUGACUGGGAAUGGUCCUACAGUUCUAUAUCAGUGUUUUCCAUUUGUAUUCUGGAUCCUAUUACUAUUGAGAUGAGAUGGUCAUGUUCCUUUAUUUAUUAUAUGUAUAUUUUUACUUUAUAUUUGCACAGUAGUGGUAAGUAUUGUGUUAGUGUUUUUGUUUCCAACAUCCCCAGCAAGUCUUGGUUAAACUAUUGAUACCCCUUUUCUUGGCACAUAUCAGUAAAUAGCUCGCAAAAUGUGAGAAUAUCAUAACAAUUCAAGCAUCUUGCUUUCCCUUCAUUCUAAACACUGGAUUAGUGGUUACAGGUAUCAUUUGCAAUAGUAUUAAGUUAUAAAGACCAGAAAAACCCCGAUGUGCCAUUGCUCAGUUGGUUGAUCUAGCAUGGGCAGCAGUUGGCCCACUAUAGCUGGUGUCUGUGCCAACAAGUAAGGUAGAGGCAGGUAAAGAAUAAGCUAACCUUCCGUUUCCUGCUAGUUGUUAUGUAAUGUAUUAAAAAGUGGAAAUGGCUUGAAUGAUGUCCUUCAACAUCAAAUUGCUCACUUGCCUUCACUCUUCUGGGACUAAAAUGGAGUGCCCAUUUGGUAAGAUGGACAUCACCCAUUUGAACCCACACAGCAUGCAUGGUUUCACACCAGUGCCUGAAGCAGCAGUGAUGAAAAUAUAGAUUAUUUGACCGUCCUGACUAUACAAAGUAAAUGAUAUGCCAGCUAUUGAUAGUCCUGAACAAUUGUUCAUCACCCAAGAGAGAAACUUGUAGACGCUUUUCCCAGGUUUCUGCUGUCACAUUAUAUGACAUUGCAAGGAAGUUCAUGGAAUGGAAGCACACCAUGCAUCCCAGUUGGCCUAUGCUCCACAGGAACCUCCUUCCACCUUAUUUUAUCUCACCCUAUGAUCAGCCCCUUUUAUUCUUCUCUCCCUUAUUUAGUUAUUGAGAUACCCAAUGCGCUAUCUUAAGUGGCUGCUAACAUCAUCUUUAGAAACAUUUGAUUUCCUCCUAAUUAAUGCUUGAUUUGAACUUGCUGCAGUGGUGACCAUCUCAUGGGCCAAGCUCCUAUCACUCUGAGGAAUUAUGAAAGAAGAAAUGAAAGUGUAAAAUGGACACAGCUUUAAUCACCAUUUCCAAAAAGUGGAACUUCUAACCCCCCGUGGUCACUUGGAUGUGACUGUGAAAUGUUUUGAAAGCCCUGAAUGCUAUCCCAUAGAAAGGAUGAUAUUGCUGUGAAAUUCGUUGUCUUGGAAGAGAAAUGAAAACAGAACAUUUCCCAACAGUUUAUCAGUUAGUACCUGCCAAACAAUAAUGUAUUGUCACUGUUGAAAUAACCAUUGUACUGGUGAAGGGGUUUCACUAGUUAAAUCCAAACAACAUUUGGUUUUAUAGCUGUUUGGGGUGAAAUGUGUUUUUAAAGUCUUGUGCAGACCAAAUGAAAUAUUAUUAUUUCCCUUAACGUAUUUCAACGUGUCUUCAUUAUUAUCAUCACUGACAAUGUUGGGGACCUUUUUAUUUUCUCUUCAUAAAUUAUAAAGACAUUUCUUUGAGAUGAAAAGUUUGAAAUGCAUUGGUCAAUGGUCUGUUACAUUGGUUAUGAGUGGCCCUCUUCCAUGUCUUGUGUAUGAUAAUCUGCUGAGGGUGUUUUCCCUUGCAUUGUGAACUGUGACUGUUCAUUUGCAGGAAUUAUGUUGUUGUGGCAUUACUCUCUAAUCCCUUCCACACUUACAGAAGCGAUACCCGCACUCAAGCUCUUGUAAUGGACUUAUUUCAACUUUGUACACACCCGACUUUAUACUUUUUAAUAUUUGUUUAAAAUCAUAAAAAUGGAGAUUUUCA